AUGUCUCAUUUCUCUACCAUUAUGCAGGAGGCGCAGCAGCAGCAACCCCUCGUCUCCCGCCCGACGAUGCGGAGGAAGUCUUCAGCGCAGAACUUGUUAUCUUCGUUUAAAGGCUCUACGCCAGGCACGGGUGCUACAUCAGCAACCAAUGGUCUUCCUUAUACAGGUGCAUCGACUCCUACGGCCACAGGCCCGAUGGGUGGAAGGGACAUGGAUGUGCAAUCGUUACACUCUGACACGGUCGCGGGAAUGGGCGCUGGGAGUCCUGCACUAGGCCCUGGCACGUCAGUGGAAUACUUGCGGGAUUUGGUUCAGAAGCGAAUUAUCACGUUGACUUACAUACGGAAUAUACAUGAAGGCCGAAGCCAUUGGUUUCAUACGAUCCUGAUGUCGCGAGCUGAAUUGGAUCACGAAUUCAACAACAACGCGAUGAAGAAGCGGACAUUUCGUUUUGCGGUCCUAGGGAUGUCACUAGCGAAUCUACUUGACAUUCAACAAGCACCGGAUCUCCUACGCGGCCUGCUUAACACGCUCGCUGAAUACGAAACGGAAGACGGCGACAAGUCGAAAAUGCGGUUAUUCAGGUCCAAACUCAAACGACAAACCGGUGGUGGUUUCACUGAAUACGCCGUAUCGUACACCGAUGCUUCAGACGCAUCGUAUCUUAUGACACCGCACAUGCCGUUUCCACUCGACUACCAUCAGACGCUCCUCUCUCUACUUGACGUUCUCUCCGAAGUUUACAACAAGAUGUUAAAAAUCCUUGGACCGUCGCCGUUUCCCCAUUCAGCGCAAAUGAUGGGCCCAUUAGGGCUUCUGUCUCCGCAUCCUGGCGUCUCGUACCUCUUUCCGCCCGAGAAUCAGUCCGUAGCUGAUGACGGGAGCUUGUGGGGGAUCGCGAAUGCCAAUGCAGGAACUGGAGGACAGGCAGGGGCGUUUAUGUACGGUGGCGGACUGAGUAGUCCGCCAGCUGGAUGGAGCCAGUCGCUAAGCGAUACCAUCCUCAAGAUCGACGGGAAAUUUAAAAAAAUAAUAACGACGCUUCUGAAAGAGCUGGAUGAUCUAGCGCGGAGCGAAAUUCAAGAUGAGUUGGCGUCGCUCGAUCCUCUGCUCCGAAGCGGUAGUUCUGUGGGGCGGGAACCCUACGAGUUCGAUGUCAUGUAA